UUUAUUUGCAUGUGUUUGCCGAUUCAAUUCUAGCAUUAAACUUGUGUGAUUAAUCGAGCUUCUAGAUUCCAGUUGGCCUGGUUUUUAGUUUGAGAUACUUGGAUUUGGUUGGUGCCAUAAUUGCCCGUGUAUUUGAAGAGGUGAUUGGAGUGGAAAGAGGCAAAAUUGAUUGUGUGAAAUCGAUUUUAGACAUAGAUUCAGGAGCUGAAAUUGAUGAAGAGAGUGAUAACAUGGGAAGUAUGUGGGUUUUGGAUCAGAAGCUUGAUCAGCCCAUGAAUGAGGAGGCUGGUGUGAAGUUAAUGUAUCAAGAUAACAUGUCAAUGGAGGUGGAGGGACUUGAGGAGAUAACUCUGGACACCGAAUUGGGAUUUUCGAGCAAUGAAGGUGGAAAAGAGCCAUCCCCGACCAUGGGUGCGAGUGCGACAAACAAGAUAUGGAUUGUCUUAAUGAGGAUAUUAUCCUCGGUAAUUAAAGCUUAUGGGGUUGAAGUGGAAUUGCUAUAUGAGGUUCUAGAGUACCCCGAAACCGAAUUCGGAACCUGUGACAAGGUAGAUUCUAGGUUCCGGGGUAUAGAUGGUAGGUUCUAG